AUUUUGUACGAGUUUUGAGUGAAUGUUGUUUUGAUUGUAGUUUUCGUGGGAUUUAAUCAUUUGUUUACAUUUCAUAGCAUUUGACGUUUGAAUCACUGGAUCUGAUCUGAAGAGUUGCUAUCAAUGAGUGCACUGGAAGUAUGUCUCAGGAAGAAGACACGGAUUUGCGGGAAACGCCGAUCCGAGCGAUGAGUCUGUCGACAAGACAUGGAUUGUCUGAAUACCUGAAUGGCGAGCAAUACAUCACCACAUCUGAGGGUCUUUGCAGAGACUACAGAGGAUUAGCGCAACUCAUGGGCUUCUCCUACCAUAUCAUCGAUUCCCUCCUCAGAACCAAUGAUCCCUUCAGUGGUUUACUCGACAGAUAUAAGAACCGAAGUGACGCCACAUUCGGCCAAUUGAUCCAAAUGUUGGACCGCAUCGAGAGGUAUGACAUCAUCGACGAUAUGACACCCUUUCUUCGCGAAGACAGCAGACAUUACAAGAGUCUUAAGCCGUCCAAUGAUUCUUCAGAGCCAAACCACCAAACGAUGGCAAUUGAGCCCAAGAUAAUCAUUUACGACGCGUACGUCUGUUAUGCCGACAAAGACAUUGGUUUUGUUGAACAAUUGUCUCAAUAUCUUGAGUCUCCAAAUAUUGGUUUGCGUUUAUUCAUAAGGGAUCGGGACUUAUGUCUGGGUUCUUGGGCUUACGAGUCGUUUGCUCAGAUGGUGACCUCCCAGUGCCGCAAAGUGCUCAUCAUUUUGUCGCCUCACUUCUUGGAGUGUCCCGAAUGUGACUUUCAGACGGCUUUCACCACCGGACUGGCCAUUGAACAGAGGAAUAGAAUAUUGAUUCCUAUUAUCCACAAGAGGUGUGAUUUGCCACCAAUCAUACGAAUGCUCACAAAGAUUGAUAUGACCCGGAGCUUAGACACACCCGACUGGACGUGGAAUCGAUUGGUCAACUCUAUUAGGAUUCAUUCCGCUAACCAAUCAUUUGUCACCAAAUCCGUGGCCUAUGAGAGUAAACCAACUCUUCUGCAGUUGCCGUCCGUUCCGUCCGAUUCUCCAAACGGUUCACAACUUAUAUCCAUUGAAACGAUCAGCGAUUCAUGCAUUUCAUUGCCAACUCGUUGUCCCACACCCACAGCUCCUCCACUUAUAACCACUCAGUCUUCUGUUUGCUCAACAAAUAGUGAGAUGUCUAUCAAAUCAGAUAAUUCUGAAUGUCUUCCCAUUUUAAGUACAGAAAAGGACAAGAAUUCAAAGAAACUGAUCCAUAAAACAUGGAUUUCGUUACGACAAAAGUUUAAGAGUUGAGUUGAGAGACAAUAAUUGUUAUUAACUUUUUA